AAACUGAAUUAUUUUGAAACAAAUACAGGGAGACAAAAUUUCGAAUCUGUUGUGCUAUUAGGAAUUGUUAUACAACUUAUAUAAUUGAUUGAUUAAUCUAGAUCAUCGAACUUCAAGCCUCCCAAAGAUCAUACGCUGACAAAGAUGCUCUGACAGAUCAUGGAGAGACCAGGGAUCAAGUAGGCUUGUUAUUAAAUUGUUUCUAACUUUCCAUACUAGCUGUGUUGUAAAACUUUUUACUAUUCUCCAGACUGCUUGUUUGAUUAGUCCGGUUGACCUAUCUAACCUACUCAUCUGAUUAUUGCUCCGUGGUUUGCAAGUGACGUAAUCAAAAUUCAAAACAAAGAAUUAUUUAGCCUUUUCUGAGUUUUAAUUUACUGAGCUAUUAGAGCAGCCGAAGACGUAUAAUUUUUGCAAAGUUUCCGGUCGAAAUGGUUCUUCUUUUUGUGAUAGAACAAGUUUGAAUUUCUUCACUAUUUCAUGAGGCGACAUUAAUGGCCGCUGUCCUGAAAGCUUACCUUAUAAGGUUAAAAGACUGACUUAUUAUUUGGAGAUUUUGCUACAGCGAACAUUCCUUGUAUUUGAGUAAGUAUUAAGUUUAAUUUUUACGAGCUCUCUAGAGAUGUCUACUUGGUCUACUUGUUUCAUGGCAAAACUCAGUGACAGAUGUUUCUGUUAUUUCCCGACCGCUAUAUUAGUGUUCCUGAUGCAGAGGGACGCCAAAAUGGUGUCUCCAUACAAUUGCAAAGCUCUAUAAAUAUGGGUAACACAGUUAAUGAGAAUAUCUGUCACAGAAAAAGUCUCUCAGACAUGAAUCUUGGCAAGAAUGUUUGCAUAUUCAUCUCCUUUCAUCUCUUAUGAAUUGAAUGGUCGGACUCUAUUUUUUGACGGCGUGUUAGACUGUUCACAGUCCCCUAUUUUUUCGUGAGAUCGUUUAGAUAUACAUGUACCGCGUCUUACCGUCACGGGUAUCUUGAUUUUCAAAUGUACCGAGGGGGCGGGCGUCAGGGAUUAUAGCUCUGGGGCGGGGAAAGGGUGAGAAAAAUAUUUUUCUCGCUUCUUCCCAAACCGCCCCCGCCCCCUAGGUAGUUUUGACACUCACGCAAGAUGGUAGCCCGUAACACAAAGCGCUCGAUCUAAAUGAUAUUACGGAAAAAUAGAGGACUGUGAACAGUCUAACGGCGUGUCUGUGAAAUUUUCACUUUCUUGCUUCCCUUCACACAGGUUAGCAAAGUGGCUAAGGAACAGAUUAAGCAAGCGGAGAAAACACAAUUGCCAGUGAGCAUGGAGAAGACUCCAUUAUUACAGGAUACCAGUGAGGGCACAGCGUCGACCUCUUGUUAUCUCGACAACGAAGUAAGAAACUACUCAGCCAGUUUAGGGCUAAAAUAUUUUAAAUCUAGUUAAUUUGUGCUUAAUAUGUAAGAAUUGCCUCUAAUAAUAUCACUUUUCGGGAACAGAGCAUCACCACUUUUUGAAAAAAGUCAACUACAAAGACGUUUUGAAAAAUGAAAGAGAGAGUCGUUUGGGGAUCAAGUAGGCUUAUCACAAAACAAAAUUUUGAUCGAGAGAGAGAGAACGGCCAGAAGUAGACUUAUAUAUGAAGGUAUUUUGUUUACUUUUAAUUUUAUUUUUCCACGCAGGAAAGCAAACAAUCACAUGAAAUAUCAGAACUGACUCUGUUAUCAGAAGAAAGCAAUGAUGAGGUCCGAGAAGAGCUGGCCUCGACUUUCCAAGGCCAUCCUGUACUAGGAAAUACUUGUCUAUUUCGACUAUUUCAUUUCACUUUUCUUAAAUUUAAUUAUUCUUGGUUUACACUCACGUGAGAAAGGAGAAAUAAAAAUGGAAACCUUUUAAUACAGAAAGUCUAGAAUCCGGGAAAUGAAAGAAGAUAAAUAUACAAAAAACCUUGCCAAGAAUCAGGUCUAUGCAAAAGUUGGUGUGCCAGAUUUUCGGAAAAACGUUUUACCUAAAUUUAUAAAGCUUUGUAUGGAGACGCCAUGUUUGUGUCCCUGUCAGGGGUACAAUAUGGCCGAAGGAAACCAACAGAAACAUCUGUUUUUGAGUUUUCAUACUUAUGCGUGAAUUCUUCGCUUGAGGAAUUCAUAAAGAUUAAAGUAAUAUUCAUUCUAAGACAAGGAAUCUUUAGAUAGAAAAAUCUCCAAAAAUCCGUAAUGUUUUUAACCCACAUAAGAGCUUUCCCAGCCGCCAGCUAAAUGCUGCGUCACGCAAACGCCUGGAAAUUCAAGCGUCCUGUAUCGCAAAACAAAGAACCCUUUUGAACCGAAAUUUUUUUUAGUAUAAAGGUUUUAAGGUGCUCUAGUAUCACAUGAAAGUAGAAACUUAGAAGAAGCGAUAGUUUCUUAGUUUGAAUUUUGGUGAAGUCAUGUGAAAACCAAGAAUACUGAACCUGGAUAAGGCAUGCAGUCAAUGAGGAAAUUUGCUGAGAAAUAAGUAACAAUUUUCCGCGAAAGAAAAAGUCCACACCUUUAUUGACCGUGCUCUGAAAUAAGCCAACAAGAAAACUCUAGAAAUCACAUGCUGAUCGAGUCAUUGAUUAGGUCCACAAUACCGUCUGAGAAAGAAUUAAAUUUUUCAAUGUAUGUUUACAGUGCGACUGCUGUAACCAGGGCCACUUAGACAAAGUUGACCAAUCAGAUUACAGGAAAAUAACAAUACAUUCCAAGAAAGUUGGUUGUGGGCCAAUCAGCGGGUCGUAAGGAAACAAUAAGUUACUCGAAGUACUAAAUUUAAAUACUGAUAGCAAACGUUUAUCAAGAAAGCAGAAUGUUUCACCAGACUAUGUUUUUCAAUCCGAAACUUUUCAUAUAACACCCGGAGACGUAUUUGUUUGACACAGGCUGAUAUUUUGUCAUCUACCAGCAAUUUCUUCGCUACCAUUGCCGCUCUUUGCAAUAAAAUACAAUAUACCGGACGUUUACAUUUUUCGCCUCCCUCAAGACUCUAACGGACUCCUCAGUUAGGGUUCAAAACGUCACGUCGUUAGGUUAUAAUUGGUUGAAUUCGAUCCAUGUUGUUGAUUUCUUGUCGUGGUAGUUUUGAUUGACAACUAACUUUCUCGGAAUGCAUUGUUAUUUUCCUGUCAUCCAAUCGGUCAACUUCGUCUAGGUAACCCCGGUUAUAGUAGUCGCCCUGUGACUACUGAUGAGAUGAAAGGUUUCACCAGAGCAAUCUCUCUCGGUCACUCCUAUACCAGAAUACAAUCAAUCGAAGCACCCAAGCGUGCAACAUUCGAUAAAUCUUGGCAGGUCUGCCUAAUGAGUCCACAGGUAUAUUUUGUGAUCUUGUUUAAAUUGAAUAUUACUUUUGAGCGAUUUUCAAAAACUGGUCAUUUUGUCCUUGACAAGACAAACGCUUUCGCCGAAAAGAGGUGCGGAUUAAUUUGCUUAUCUUUCACCUACAGGAAAGCGAGGAAAGUAAACUUUCGAAGAAGGCACAAGUGACUAUGGAACUGGUCUCAUUACGCCAGGGUGACGUCACACAGGACAUGGCGUCGGCCACUCAUAGUUUGUCUGAAGUAAGAAGGAAGUGCCUAAGCCUUAGGCGGCCUUUUGUCAUGUAUUAAUAAAGAAGGAAAUAAUGUUAUACCUUUUUUUUAUCUUUUCGUGCUUUGGAUGACGCUAAACGUGACCUUUAGGUGAAAAGAUAUCGCGUUACAAGUGACUGUUAACUGGGGAAUGGAAUAUCGUGGUUUGCGAAUUGCGAACGUGAGAUAAAGACAAGUUUCAUCUUUUGCUGCCCACUAAAUUCCUGUUCUAAAGUCUUGUUCUUGGGCCAGUGGAAUUUCAUCGUUUUAGCACAUAUACCCCAAGCUAACGAGUGUGAAUAAUACCAGUUUCAGCACUGAAGCACACAUAACAACUCAGCGGUAUGGAGUGCCCUUGCACGCGCACUCGCCUCGGUAGUAAAGGACCUUUGAUACACAGCUUUGUCCGUUCAUCGGCUAGACGGUUAUGCCAUGCUGAUGAGGCCCAACAAGGUGGAAACAGUUGUUUAUGGUGCCACUGCCUCGAUGAUAUUGUUGUGCGCAUGCGUAAGGCAAUGGCCAUGCCGUGGAGCAAGUACGGGUGCUUCAGUACUGAAAUUGGUGUUGUUCAGGAGUGGGAAUCGGUGUUGUGGAACCUUUCAUAAAGGUUUAGUUUGUAUGGGGGUUCGAGCGAUUGCAAUUUAGGACUCACAAAUAGUAAUAAAGAUACAGCAGUCUGUCUAACCUUGACUCCAUGUUUUAAUGAUUGCGUUAUUUUCAAUACAGGGUAACACUUUUUCUACUUGUAAAUGCCAUCGCCAUUUUCUUUAUCGUUUAGCAAAGUUUCCCCAUUGUUGCACACCUGGACCAAGUAAACUUUGCAGUUUCUCCGCCACAAAACAACAAAGAUGCCGUUCUUGAAGUGAUUCCAUCGACUUCGACGGAAGUAGGUGUACGACGAGAAUAAAAACACCACAAUGACUUUUCACUACUAAAGAAAAAUGCCACUAGGGCACCUCAUUAUGUUAGGUUUGACGUAAGAAGAACACAACCUGAUCUGGGUUUCCCUGUGCCACUGAAGUUUUUUGUCGUUCGUUUACCCAUCCUGUGCCGUCCUGAAUUACGUCACAACGUCCCACUUUCAUUCUCUUGAGGUAUUUUCAGUUUUGGGAUUGUCAUUUCAAGAACGAUAGCUGGAAUCGUCUAGAUGGUGUGUAUUUUGUUUGUAAACCAAACCCCAGUGUGUGCCAGGAGGUGCCAGAGCUUUUCCCGCAAACAUAGUUCGCUGAGGCCACGUUAAGUUUUUCAAAUUGUGGGGGGCAGGGUUAAUUCGUCCUUUAUAUUUUGAGAACUGACCCACAGAGCCAGGGUACCUGUUAUCUCGCUCUAAACUUGUCACUUUGAAGCAACUUCUGAUAGAUAAUACCUAGUGUCUGGCUCCGACAAAUUAUGUCAGUUUUUUUUAAAAAAUCUUUUUAACGGUUGGUUACUUAUUUACUAAAAAGGUAAGUAACUUGAAAGUUGUGCUGUUUCAAGCUAAACCAAUAUUUGAUAGUUUCUUUUUUAUCAAUUUAACUAGACUGAGCAAUUCAAAGUAACCGACAAAGAAUUGCUAACCAGCACAUCAGUGUCACCAGGAAUAAGUCAGGCUUCCUCGAUGUCUCUUUCAAUCGAAAAGGAUCUAAGUGACGAAGAGGAGAACUUUUCUACGAAACAACUGUUUUUAUUUGCCUGGCAGAUAGCUAAAGGAAUGGUAACUACUUUUAUUUUUUGGAUAAUGUUGCUUUGAUUCUGAUUCUGAGUAUAACUGGAAAGAAGAAUUCAAAAGUCAGCAUUUUAUAAGCAUGGAAUAGAUGGGAUAAAUAAAUUGGUUGUUUUUCUAGAUAGAAGUACAGUUAUUUGUUUCAUUAACAUGGAAAAUUCUUAGUCGAUCGGUCGACCCAGUUUCGGCUAAAUUCGUUUCUUUACGCAUCUGAACGUUAAUGUUUGAGUCAGAUCAGUGCCGAUAUUUACUUUUCAUUUGUCUAUACUUAAUUACUUAGUGUUCGGAAUACCACCGUUAUUAUGUUUCGGCUAAAUUCGUUUCUUUACGCAUCUGAACGUUAAUGUUUGAGUCAGAUCAGUGCCGAUAUUUACUUUUCAUUUGUCUAUACUUAAUUACUUAGUGUUCGGAAUACCACCGUUAUUAUGUUUUGACAUAAUUUUGAUUGUUCUUUCGUUGCUUAUUUGUUGUUAGAAUCAUCUCGCCGAAAACAAUCUUGUUCACAGAGACCUUGCUGCCCGUAAUGUCCUUGUUGGCUAUGACAACCGGAUCAAAGUGUCAGACUUUGGGUUGAUGAGACAAAUCUAUGAUGAAGUGAGCACCUCAGCGAAGUCCAAAAAACUUCCUGUGAAGUGGAUGGCCCCAGAAUCACUUUAUCAAGGCGUUUACACCACCAAAAGUGAUGUGUGAGUUCACGAUUCCCGCUCCCUUGAGAAGGAAACUUUUCUACUGAAUCGCUUCUCAAAAUUUUAGUUCCCGUAAAAAUUACAGAAGCAUAUAAAUCCGAUUAAGCGCCUAAAUUCCCCUUAUUUGUUUAUAUAAAAUGGCAUGCUAGGAUUUUUAGCCGUCCAAUUAGAAGCAUGGAAAUUGCCCAAAUAUGGAAUCAUAGUAUUGAAGGCAUCCGUGUCUAAAAUAUAGCUGCUAAAAACGGAUUCUUCCAGUCCUUAACGGUUUUCCAAUUAUAUCCAAAACUCAAGAGAUACACGAAUUUUUGGGCUCGUCCAUGACAAAUAAAAGGAGACAAGAGAUAAAUAGGGCAAUAAACAAUCUAAAUGCCGUGAAUCUGUACAUAUUUAUAACCUCUUUGGUUUUUCUCAUAGUUGGUCUUUUGGUGUUGUUCUUUGGGAAAUGGCUACCUUGGGUGAGUGGACGGUAUAAUUUUGCGGUUUAAAUUUGAGGUUAAAUAACAGAUCAACAAAAAAAUUUUCAUGGUCAAUGACUCUUUUCGACCGUAGAAAUGAUGUCAAAAUGUUGAAAAUUCAUGCACGACCCACAGGAUAAUUGUUUCACUUCAAAGUUUUCAGCCUUCCAAGGGAAUCAAGGUGACAGUGCCUGAACCCACCUUCCCCCUUUUGCCAUGGUGGGAUAUGGAUUAACUCUUAAGAUUGUUAUCAAGGCAACCGCCACCAGGAGGGGCGAAAACAAUGUUUCUUAAAUGUUCCAUUUGCGGCAAGUUGGAAUUUUUUGUCUGAUCUGGGCUCUGUCUUAAUUGAUUAAGUGCUUUGAGACAUCUCCUAGAUGAUAAUUAAAAAGCAUAUUUAGCAAUUAUUGAAUUGGGCUUUCGUAGGAUAUGUAGAAUUCUGCAGAUCGAGGACGGUGUAGGAGGGUGUUAUCAGCCGAGGUGGAUAACACCAUCCGAGAUCUACAGAAUUCUUCGUAUCCUACGAAAGCCGAAUUCAAUAAUUGUUUUAUUAUUCCUUUAAAAUAAUUUCACCGGUUUAAAAACGAGCUAAAACAUGUUAACCUCGGUCGAUAUACUGUCUAACCUCUCGAUACGGACACCUCUGUAUUACGGACAGUUUCCAAUGUCCCGACAAAAUUCUCAUAUAUUUUAUAUAAAAAAGAAAACCUCUUUAGUACGGACUCUCUCUAAUACGAACAAUGGACACUUAAUUUUACGGACUUUAUUACACUUACGGACACUGCGGAGAUCAGGCGAAUGCCGAAUCCCGAUCAGGUAAAUCUGCACAGGGUGAAUCCCGUCUAGUCUGGCUGAUGUGCUAUAUAGCUAUGCAAAGUGAUAUAAAGCCCAGUCGCUGUAUACCAAACAACGAUUUGUGAAAGGUGUACAGAGGAACAUUUUGGACUUUUUGAAGGCUUGAAUAACUACAGAUAGCAUAAAGAUCUUGCUUAUUACAUUUUGUACUCUAGUUAGUGUUUUUUACACUUGCAAAAUAGCGAUAGACGCUUUCAGAAUUGUGCUUUAAUUUACGUUACAACUUUUAACAUGCAGCAUUGCGCUUUAGCUCGUUUCGUUUUAAAACAGUAAUGUGUCUGUUGCCGAGAUGUACUAUGUUGUAUGCUACUGAUAGACAGUGUCAUUGUACUGUGAAUCGAUAACUUUAAAUACAGUUUAAAGUCGACUGUAAACCUGGUUUUAGCUACUGAACAAUUAAAACUGUAAGUGGAGUCAUAAAGGUGACGUCAUCGUAGUGACCUCUUUUAUACGGACACCUUUCUAUUACGGACACUUCGCUCUGUCCCUUCGGUGUCCGUAUUAGAGAGGUUCGACGGUAAGUUCAAUUAUCACUAAUGCAUCUUUAUCGGGAAAGUCUGCAAAUAUACUCCAACUCCGUCGAGUUGUCUUUUUGCUGUUCUUGCGAUGUUUUUAGAUAAUAUUUCGCCAUGAAACAAGUAAAAUGCAUGUUCCGCGACAGUUCUGCCAUUUUGUUCUAACUAUCAAACAACUCAACUUCGUCCCACAGUUUUCUCAGUAAACGGUUCAAUAGUGCAAUUUUGCUGCACUUUUGACGUCGUUUUGACGUCAUUGAUUCACUAUGACAAAGUUCUUCCCAAAUUUGGUCAACAGUAGCUGUUUAUGGUGAAUUAUUCGUGUGGUUUUAACCGAUCAGAAACAGGGAAAUGUUUUGAAUGAACGGUAAGUGACAAUACAUAAACUUUGCAAACAUUUGAUCACUGGAAACGAGAGGUGCCUUAUCAUUAAUCACCCUGCCUUCUUUCAUGACACAUUUAACUGCACUGGCUAUCAGACCUCCAUUCAAUCACCGAUUUUUGCAAAAUGGCCUUAUUGAGUAUAUAUGAGGAGAAGUGACAAUCGACUGUGGCAUCUUAAAUAGAAAUCUAUCUAAUGAAAAAUUGCAUGAAUUCAGUUGCCGAUAUGUAAUCAUUUGUUUUCUUUCUUGCAAUCGUCAGGAGGCGUACCAUACCCCACGCUGACCAACUCAGAGCUGUAUCGACUGCUCGGUACUGGUUAUCGCAUGGAAAGGCCUGACAUGUGCUCCGAUGACGUGUACGUUUUUUGA